UAUUUUAACAGAUAAAAUUCAUUCCAAGUUAUAUAAAAGAUAUAAGAAAGAAACUGGGCAUGAUCCCUGGAUAAAUUCCCGUAACUCCCCAAUUUCUAGGACUAAUCCAAAUAAAAUGGAAUGUCUUUAUAAAUAUGCCAUUGAACAUGGAGAAGAUCCUGAGAAAUUUUCGAUUGUUACUGAAGCUGAGAAAAAUAGGUGGGCCAUGGAAUGCUUCCGUGAUGACUUGGAAAGAGAUAUACGCUUUUAUCAAGGUGCAAUAGAAAGAAAGGAAGAUCCUAGAAAAUAUCAUAAAUUUUUAACUGAUCGGGAUAGGCUGAUCGGUGAAGAAUUAUUACGUCGCAAUAUUCUAAAGAGUGAUUCAAAUAAUAUUAUGGAAGAAUGGGGAAAAAAUCAUACUCAAUUCAUACAAAUUUUUAUCCAGGCCUGA